GAGGUCUCAUCAUUACGUUUGAUGCACCGCGGCUGCGGAAAGUUCGAGUUGGACUUAAGGUACGAUCACUUGCAUUGAAGUUUGUUUCAAAGAACUUGAUUUGUUCUGCCACAUUUCGUUAUUUCUCCGACACCUUAAGUCCCAGCUUCAAGUUAUCAUGAAUUGCCAAUACACGCAGCUACAGCUUCGAAAGAGAGCAGAGUGAACAGAUCAUAGUAGUCGGAUUACACUUCAUGGCCCUCCUUCGCUGCGCUGUCCUCUCAUACAUUCCGUUUGUUUGUGCUUCACUCCUGUGUCUCAAUGGCACCGAUAUCGAGUGCACAACCUGCUGAAGCCCGCGACCAUCAUCUAGAUGUAGAAGCUACGUUGCGUAAGGAAUGUCCGGAAUCGAGUGGAAGUUCAGGCGCUCCCAGACCUGCAGAGUUUAGAGGCAGAUUCAUCCUCUACGAUGAUGGCCAGCCGCAAGCAACUCUUACACCUGAUGAACUCCUACAAUUUGUUCUUCAGGGAUCUGUGGACAUACCUGUCAUCCCGAAGUCGGAUAUUGAAGACCGAAGCAAGGGUGACAUACUAUCCAAAGGCGUCGCCAUUCUUCAGCUCGUAUGGUUCGUUUGCCAGUGGAUGUCCUCGGCGGCUCCGCUUCUGCUGCCAGUGGUUAUCGUGUCAGCUGAAGAUGAGAGCGCAGAGAAUCAAGCUGGACACGUGGGAAUAUGA